CACACACACAGUGAAGCGCCCCGGAGUCAGGAGUCAUGGCGACGGCGCAGCCCGGCAGCUCCUCCGGGAAAGGCCAGGAGGCGGAUCCCGGGGCGUCAGUGGGAGGAGAGCGGCUCGACUGGAUGGUGCAGCACCCCAAGUACACAGAGAUGAUGGCGUUAGAUGUUUCAGAUAGUACACAGGUUUAUGCUGCCUUUCUGGUAUAUCUUGAUCUCCUAGAAGCCAGGAACUGGAAGGAUGUGACCUGCAGAGGAUCAGCUGAACUUCAGUUGGUCUAUUUACUAGGAUUUCCAGCAGAGCAGGAGAAAGUUCAUGUGGUGGUGCCAAUGCCUGUCCAUAUGACACUAAGUCAUGCAAGGAUCAGAAGAAUCAUGGAGUCGACUUGUAACCAAAGUGAACAGCAAGCUCUGUUUAUUAUCCUUGCCAUUGUUGACUCUGACUCCACUGUAGUGUAUUAUCGACUGACUGAUGGCUUCGUUGUACCAGACCCACCAGACGUUACUGAAGACAUGGACAACAGAAAACUGAGGAAACGACCAAAGUUUCACAGAUGACCCUUCACUUGUUUAAACAUCCCUAAUUCGAAGGAGCUUAGCUUGACACGGAAACCGAUGUGUUCAAUUUGGCAUCGCACCAGACGCAUUAUUGCCCUUCACAAUCACAGUCAUGAUCCUUUGUAUGUAGCUGCUCCAUGUUCUGGCUUAUUGCUUCCACAAUUUGUGGGAAUCGUUGGUUUGUGAUGGCCUUGCAGUGUUGCUGUUGGUUUUAUGCAUCGGGUCCAAUGCAAAAUGGUCUUGACAGUCUGAGUCUGUACAUUUUUUCAUCCAUUGUGCUUGCUAACACAGUAUCACUGUUUGCCUUUAUUAAAAAAUAAUAUUUGUA